AGUUUUCAGAUCCGUUGUUCUUUUUUCCAAGAAAAAGUGCAAUCAUGCCACCAAAAAGAAACCUUGGGAAGGCUGUCCAGACUUUACAGAUUGGGCUUGGUGAAGGCAGUCCAGCACACUCAGAAGGAGAGAAUGAGCCAAUCCUUCCACCACCAUUGUCACCAAUACUUAGGGAGCACUCAUUUGUCAAUCCUACCUUCAACAAGGGUAGUGAAUCUGGAGAUGAUGUUGCUCAAUCUGGUGAUUCCCUUGUGAAAGUUGUGUCAGAUCAGAUUAGCAUCAUGAGGCACACACUGAUGGAAUCUGAGGAGAAAGCUCGACAGAGAAGCCAAGAGGUUUCUAGGCAGUUGGAUGAGUCUUUUCAGAAUCUGGCUCAGAAUUUGGCCCAAAGUGUAGCCGACAUGCGACGAUCCAAUGAAGAAAGUAACAGAAUCUGGCGUGAGCAAAAUGCAGAAAAUUGGAGAGCUUUCCAAGCUGAAACAGAACGAAUGCAGGAGGCAUUUCGACGUGUCAGAAUUGAGCCUCAGCCACAAGCAGCAGAUCUUCAAAGGCAGAAUCAGAAUAUUCCAGCUCCAACACUCGGGGGGCAACAUCCCAGAUAUCUGCCACCUCCGCGUCGACCAAAUGGAGGACAUCAACAACAUAAUGCACCUCCACCAAGGGAGCAUUUUCAGCCUUAUGUGCCACCUGUGCAACAAAAUCUUCAAAAUCUGCCAAGACAGUACAUCAAUCGUGAUCAUAUCAUCGACAUGGUGCAGGAGGCUUAUGGUCCAAUUCUGAGGCCUCUAGUCAGACCAACUUACAGAAAACCAUAUCCAGAUUUCAUAGACCAAGAGAAUCCUUUUCCAAGGGGGUUCAAGGUUCCAGAAUUCACUCUAUUUUCUGGAGAUGGUGGAUAUUCUACUAUUGAACACAUAGGCCGCUUCACAAUUCAGUGUGGCGAGGCCUCCGGUGAUGAUAAUUUGCAACUUAGACUUUUUCCCAGCUCAUUAACUAGUACAGCUCUCACCUGGUAUCUAAGUCUGUCACAGAAUUCUGUUUAUACUUGGAGGCAGAUGGAAGAUCUUUUUCACAUCCAGUUCUACCGUAGUGAGCCAGAAGUGUCCAUGGCAGAUUUAUCUCGUCUGGUGCAGCGACCUGGAGAAACUUCUGAGACCUUUCUAGCCAGAUUUCGGAAGGCCAGACUUAAGCGCAGAGUUGCCCUGCUAGAACAGGAAUUUAUCAAGCUGGCACAAAAUGGUUUGGACAUUGAAUUGAGGAAGAAGUUUGAGGGAAUGGAGUUUCGUGAUUUCUUCGAGUUGUCUUACAAGGUGGCUCGUUAUGAAAAUUUAUUGCGAGAGGACACACAAAGGAAAUCUGCAUCUCAUGGGACGUAUUAUGGUGAUGCCAACUUUGAUCUAAACGUGGCAGAAGUGGUGGCAGACAAGCCAGUUGUUUGCCCAGAUUUGGAUAAAAUCGACAAGGGAAUUCUGCGCUUUCCAGAUAAGGCCAAAGAAACUAUGGGAGUUGACGCAGAUCCAUUCCCCACCAUGCCGAGACUCGCAAAAAUCAGGUCAGAUCAGGUUCAUACUGAAGGAGACAACCCGGGGGGCACAACUCAACUCAACAGAAAAAUAAUGCAAAUCAAGGAACUGCGAUAUCUGGACGCGCAGAAAAGCCCAGAAUGGGCUGCAGAAAGACACCGACAGCAAAUUACAGACUCGGGGGGCAUGGCAGAUCAGGCACAGUCGCUCCCAGCAAGAAGAAAAUCAGUGUGGGUCCGUAAAGAAAAAGGGAGUUCAUCUGGUCAGAAUUCUCCAGAAAAGGAAGAACCACCCAGAAUUCCAACAUCACCUCGAGUUCUGGCUGUGGAAUCCAAUGAAGAAACUGAUUUGAAGGCGAAGUUUGACGUGUCAGAUAAAGCGAAAAAUUCAUUAGAUGUAAUCUGUUUUGAUAAAAUCAUUUUCGAAAAACCAGAAGAGAGAAUGGCCAGACAUAUCAGGCCAUUAUAUAUUCAUGCACAUCUAGAUGGUAUGCCGAUAAAUCGAGUUCUAGUGGAUAACGAAGCAGCUGUCAAUGUUUUGCCAACUUGUAUUCUGCACAAAAUUGGCAAAUCUUUGGGUGAUUUAAUGGAGACAGAAGUGACAAUCAGUGACUUUACUAGUGGAGUAAAUCGCUCAAGGGGAAUUCUGCCAGUAGAACUUACCGUUGGGAAUAGAACUCUCAUGUGUGCAUUCUUUGUGGUUGACACCAUUGCCACUUAUAAUGCAUUGCUUGGGAGAGAUUGGAUACAUUCCAGCUGGUGUGUUCCUUCAACUCUGCAUCAAAAAUUGAUAUUCUGGAAUGGUGGCAAAACUAAAGUCGUGACAGCAGAUGACAAGCCGUUCGUGGCAAGUACCAAUGCAGUGGAAGCUCGUUAUUAUGAUGAAGAUAUUGGGACUAUCCGUUUCUUUGGGAUGGACCGCUAUGGCAGACCUUCUGGAAUUACUGCCUGCACCAGAUCUGCAAUGGACAGACAGACAGACUGUGAAAGAGACAGAUCUGAAGUAGUCUAUGAAGGUGAAGAGGAAGACUUGAAGGAUCAGAUAACACUAGAGGAAUUAGAUCUGGCAUUAGCAAAACUUGAUGAUCUGAAGGCAGAAGUACAAGAUCCCCUGGAGGAAAAAUCUGGUAGAGCACAGAUUACCGAUUAGACCAGAUUUCAAGCCUUUUAAACAGCCGCCUAGACGAAUGUCUCCAGAAGUCACUUUAAAAGUCAAAGAAGAGAUAGAGCGGCUGUUGAA